UGCGUACUACAGACAAGAGUGAUGCGUUCCCUUAUAUCGAAAUCUGAAGUUCAUCUAACCGUUGAACGCAUUUAAACAAACCCCGAACUGCCAACCCACCCCGGACAGGUCACAUCGUUACUAAAGAACACUUUUCAUUUUGUUUAGUCUUCCCCGAGUUCUGGUUUGCUUACAACAGUCUCGCUACAACGUCAUUAUCAAACUUGGCGGAAAGAAUUUUCUUACGGUCCUAAACCCACCAUGAAACUACGCCGGAAAUGAAAGCGUUCUUCCCCAAACGACAACUCGGACCAAACAACAACUUGGUGGUCCCUGGUCUCCAGCAUGGACACCCUUGAGGAGGACCUGACCUGCUCCGUGUGUUACUCUCUCUUCUCCGACCCCCGCGUCCUCCCGUGCUCGCACACCUUCUGCAAGGCCUGCCUGGACAGCGUGCUGCAGGCGCUGCCCAACUACUCCAUCUGGCGCCCCAUCCACCAGCCGCUGAAGUGCCCCAUCUGUCGCUGCGUGGUGGAGCUGUCCCUCAGCAGCGUGGACGCCCUCCCCACCAACGUGUGUCUGCAGGCCAUCAUUGAGAAGUACCAGAAGGAGAGCCAGCCCAGACUGCCCUUGUGUCCGGACCACUUCAGGCAGCCCCUCAACAUGUACUGUGUCCAGGACCGCCAACUCAUCUGUGGUCUGUGUCUGACUGUGGGCCGCCACAAGAACCACCUCAUCGACGACCUGCAGGCCGCCUUCAUCAGAGAGAAGCAGACCCCCUCAGUUCUGCUGGGCAGACUCUCUGACAAGACCUGGGACAUGAUGUGUGAGGUGGGUGAGCAGCUCCAACAAGAGAAGGCCAGGUGUGAGAGUGUGCUGAGAAAAGACCGCCAGGAAGUCACUCAGUUCUUCCACAACUUGGAGGUGUUGCUGGCCAGGAAGAGGCAGUCCUACCUGGAGGUCUUGGACACUACCUGUGCUGAAGUGUGCCGGGCCUACGACCCACUCAUCCACCGAGUCAAGGAGCUGCAGGAGGAGCAGGUGGAGCUGGUGUCCCUGGCGUCGUCCAUCGAGGAGGAGGAGUUGCCGCUGGUCUUCCUGGAGAAGGUGCAUCAGUUCCGAGAGCGGGUGGACAAGUUCACCAAGGCCAGCCUGCCCUCCGUCCUCAGCCUCUCCAUCACGCCCAGAGCCGCCGACUACCUGCAGCAACACUGGCCCGCCAUCACCCUCGCCAGUCUGGAGGAGGCCCCCGUGCCCAAGGUGUGCUGCUGCGUUCGAUGCGGCAACGUGGACCACCUGACCCCGUCCUCCGAGUGCUCGCUGCGGGACUCCUGCUUCGGACCCGCCGUGGUCUUGCUCUUCUUGCUUCUUCUCCUGCUGGCCUGGCACGGCCUGGACCACUUCAGACUGCUGCCCUCCUUCUGGGCCUGGCUGGAGUCCACCUGGGUGCUGACGCAGGACUUGGUGGAGAGAUGGAGGCUUCACGUCUCCUCCUUGGGGGAAAUGUUGUUGGUGCAGCUCAACACCUUCUUCUCACCUCUGGACCUCAGCGCCUUCUUCUCCGCUUGACUUCUGCUUCCUGUUCACUCACAUAAACACUCCUGCACCUAAGAAACUAACUUUGCAACUUCUAGCCAAUAAAACAUUUUUUACACACACGUGCAUCCUCAGACCACAUGCUACACUCCACUGUUUUUCAACCACUGUGCCGCGGCACACUAGAUACAGUCUGAUGUGCCGUGGGAGAUGAUCUAAUUUCACCUAUUUAGGUUAAAAAUCCCUCCAUCCGUUUCCUACCGCUUGUCCUGUUCAGGGUCGCAGGAGCCUAUCUUAGCUGCAUUUGGACAGAAGGCGGGGUACACCCUGGACAAGGCACCUCAUCACAGAGCCAACAGAUAGACAGACAACAUUCACACUAGGGACCAUUUAGUGUUGCCAAUGAACUUAUCAGCACUGAACUGAAAUGUAGGACAAACGUAAAUAGUUUAAAUGUUGGAGUCAUUUAAAACGCUGAAAAGGUUUGAAUGUUGAAGUUUCAAUUUCCAGGAAAAAACGGAAUUGGGUUUGGAACUUGGGAAAGUGUUAGUUUGAAAUGUGUUCCAUCCAUCCAUUUUCUACCGCUUAUUCCCUUUCGGGGUCGCGGGGGGCGCUGGUGCCUAUCUCAGCUACAACGGGCGGAAGGCGGGGUACACCCUGGACAAGUCGCCACCUCAUCGCAGGGCCAACACAGAUAGACAGACGGUUUGAAUUGGUUGGAAAAUGUGGAAAAAAUUCCCAUUCAUUUCAAUGGGGAUUUCCUGGAAAUUUUUGGGAAAAGCGGGAUUUUUCGGAAAAUGAUUAGGAGCAUGAAUGUCCUAAAUGAGCUGAAUUAGUUGGUGUUGGAAUUGUUUAUAUAGGGCAAGAAACGUUGAAAUAGUAGAACGGUAUUAAGGAAUUUCUGGAAAAUUGGGACAUUUUUCAAAUUUAGAAAUAUUUUUUGCAAACCAGUAAAUGAUGUGUUGGUUUUGUCUACAUUCAGCAGAGUAACCGUGUAAUAUUCUUCCAUAUCAGUAGGUGGCAGCAGGUAGCUAAUUGCUUUGUAGAUGUCGGAAACAGCGGGAGGCAGUGUGCAGGUAAAAAGGUGUCUAAUGCUUAAACCAAAAAUAAAGAAAAGGUGAAGGAUAUGCAGAACCAAACUACAAUUGAACUGGCUACAAAGUAAACAGACAGAAUGCUGGAUGACAGCAAAGACUUACUGUGGAGGAGAGAUGCGCGGUUUGCGGUCUCAUCCGCGGAUAAACUGCGGGUCGGGCGGGUGACAUGACGAAAAAAUGAUUUUAAUUAGAUUUGGGCGGGUGGCGGUUGAACCAUCCGGAAAUAUUUGAUAUGCAUGGUUCUGUGAUCGUGUAGUGUGUCAUAUUGUCACGUGUUGUGUGUCAUAUUGUCACGUGUUGUGUGUCCCAUUGUCAUGUGUUGUGUCAUAUUGUCACGUGUGUCAUAUUGUCAUGUGUGUCACAUUGUCACGUGUUGUGCGUUACAUUGUCGCAUGUUGUGUCACAUUGUCAUGUGUGUAGUGUCACAUUGUAACGUGUGUAGUGUGUCACAUUGUAACGUGUGUAGUGUGUCACAUUGUAACGUGUGUAGUGUGUCACAUUGUCACGUGUGUUUGUGUGUCACAUUGUCACGUGUAGUGUGUCAUAUUGUCACGUGUUGUGUGUCAUAUUGUCACGUGUUGUGUGUCAUUGUCACGUGUUGUGUGUCAUAUUGUCACGUGUUGUGUGUCAUAUUGUCACGUGUUGUGUGUCAUAUUGUCACGUGUUGUGUGUUACAUUGUCGCAUGUAGUGUGUCACAUUGUCACGUGUGUAGUGUGUCACAUUGUCACGUGUGUUUGUGUCACAUUGUCACAUGUUGUGUGUCAUAUUGUCACGUGUUGUGUGUCACAUUGUCACGUGUAGUGUGUCACAUUGUCACGUGUAGUGUGUCAUAUUGUCACGUGUUGUGUCAUAUUGUCACGUGUUGUGUCAUAUUGUCACGUGUUGUGUGUCACAUUGUCACGUGUUGUGUGUCACAUUGUCACGUGUUGUGUGUCACAUUGUCACGUGUUGUGUGUCACAUUGUCACGUGUUGUGUGUCACAUUGUCACGUGUUGUGUGUCACAUUGUCACGUGUUGUGUUUCACAUUGUCACAUGUUGUGUUUCACAUUGUCACAUGUUGUGUGUCACAUUGUCACGUGUUGUGUUUCACAUUGUCACGUGUUGUGUUUCACAUUGUCACGUGUUGUGUGUCACAUUGUCAUGUGUUGUGUGUCAUAUUGUCACGUGUUGUGUGUCACAUUGUCACGUGUUGUUUCACAUUGUCACCUGUUGUGUGUCACAUUGUCACGUGUGUUGUGUGUCACAUUGUCACGUGUGUUGUGUGUCACAUUGUCUUAUUGUCUUCUUCGCUUUAUGACACAAGUGCCAUUUAAGACUUGUGUCAUAAAGCGAAGAAGACAAUAAGACGCUAUUAUUCUCUUGAAUGACUGCCGGUAGUCACCCAGAUAAUAAGUAUUAGGGCGUGCUAUGAAGCCAUUGGCUUUGUCGCCUUCUACAACAUGUACGAUAUGCGUGUCAGUCCAGCAACAUGUUGUGUGUGACUUCCGCAGCAACACACACGACUGCAAGGCAUACUGGGUGACACAGAGUACACUAAUUGUUCUGAUAUAAAAAAAUUUAACACUCUUAGUAAUAUGCGCCACGCUGUGAAGCCACACAGAUUAAGAACGACAAACACAAUUCGGGAAGAACAUCCUCACAGUAACACAACAAAUACCCAGAAUCCUUUGUAUUCAUGACACUUCCUGACUAUUCUAUACACCCCGCUAGCAGCAAACCCUGCCACCCCCCCGUGCGUCGGUAAGGUGGGCUGGGUUGGGGGAGCGGGGGUGUAAAAUAUAUUCAGGAAGUGUCACGGAUACAAAGGAUUCUGGGUAUUUGUUGUGUUGCGUUUAUGAUGUGUUACUGUGAGGAUGCUCUCCCGAAAUGUGUUUGUCAAUCAUGUAUUGUGUGGCUUCACACCGUGGCGCAUAUUAGUAAAUGUUAAAGUUGUUCAUAUCACAACCAUCAGUAUACUCUGUAUCACCCAGUGUGGCUUUCAAUCUUGAACGUGUGAUUGCGGAAGCUGCACACAACAUGUUGUCGGACCAACAAUCGGGUUGUACAUGUUGAAGGUGUCUAAGGCAAUGGCUUCACAGAAAGCCCACAUUCUUGUCAUCAGGAUGAACGCUAUUAGAUAGUCGCGGGAACGUUAGCGGUUCCAAUUGUCUUCAUUAGUCUGUGAAACAGGUUUAAAUAGCUCUGUGAGUGGUAAAGGCGGACAACCUCUGAUGUAUUUCAGCAGGCGGGUGGCGGGCGGGUACGGUUCUGAUAAAAUGUUGGUUCGGGUGGAUGACGACUUUGGUGAUGCGGUUGCGGAUGGUAUAAUUGCCUAUCCGGCGCAUCUCUACUGUGGAGCAAAGACAAAGUACAUCCAAACAUGACGUGACAAUCAACAAUGUCCCCACAAAGAAGGAUAAAAAAAUAUAUAUAUAUAUACACUUGAUUGCUAAAACAAAGUAUAUGCGGGAGAUAUCGCUCAAAGGAAGACAAAAAACUGCUACAGGAAAAUACCCCAAAAAAAUAAAAGCCACCAAAAUAGGUUAAGUAAAACACUACACACCGGAAAACAACAAAAAAGUCCAAAUAAGUGCGGGUGUGAUGUGACAGGUGGUGACAGUACACCUACUUUGAGACAAGAGCUAUAGUCAUGCAUGUUUGCUUAUGCUUUAAAGUCAUAUCUAACAAUUGUAACGACGACUUUUUACUGUCAACUUGAGUCUUGUUUUUUAGGGAUUUCUGUUUGAGGUGUGCCUCCGCAUUUUUGGAACGCAAAAAAUGUGCCUUGGCUCAAGAAAGGUUGAAAAACACUGCACUACUCUGCCCGGGUAGGACUUGUAUUCAAAUAUUUUAUGGCAAUUUUCAACCCUACUUUAAAUAAAAAAUAAUAAUAGUGCUGACACGCAACAAAGAACAAGUUCAAGUCUAGACUUCUCAUUCUGAUCUUUGAAGAAACCUCAGAAUGUCAAAAAGUGUUCUGUUCGAAUAAUUAUGUAUCAGUUAACAUACAACUCUUAUGCUUAAAGGCCGUUGCUAUGGUCAUUAUCAAUUGAGCUGAAGUUGUACUUUUCUAUCUGUGCAAAGACACAACUUGUGGUCUUGCUUUGCAAAGUUUUCUCUUGUCAGCAGUUGGUUUCCAGACCCUGCCUGCUGACAGCUAAGGACGGACAUCGAGUACCUCGGCGUGGACAGGGCGAAAUCACGAGUGUCAGCACAUUUCCAUUCUGAAUAAUCAGGUAUUAUGUCUCAGUGAUGUUAACUAGGGACCUCCCAAAUAAAUAGUGGAUCUUGUGAGACUGUAUCAUAGAGUGUAGGGGGAACUGUAACUGAGUGCACAGCCCAAUACGUCUCUCCUCAUUGAGUAAAAUUCAACUCUGUCUCCGCGUGAUUCCUUGCUUCUUGUCUCGUUUAAUAGAUAGUUUGGUGUUGGGAGCUGACAUGUACACAUUUGACAUUUGUAACGUAAGGCCUAAUAUUUGCAGAUUUAGUCGCCUGCUUGAGGAAAACAAAAAUCCUUAAGUUGAAUUGAGUUUUAGACCCCAGAUCCAGAUACUUUUUCAUAAACCUCUUAAAAGUGACGAGUAAAACUUUACAUUUUAUUUACGUUCCAGCACAUCUUUGGUUAGUACAUCAUUAUUGCGUGAAAGCUCCACAACAUUCACACAUGCUUUUCUACACAAAAAUGUAACUAUUUAUUUUUCUUCUUCUUCAGAUUUUUUGCGCUCUCUACCUUACACAUUUUUCACCCGAUUCAAAGCGUUCCAACUUCGAACUGUUCAGCCUAUUCAGGAAUCGCGGGUUUUCCCUUGAAAAAUUCGUAGAUUUCCCAGAAUUCCAGGUUUUCCGGGACAUUUUUACUAUUUAAAAUUAAUUGUACAUUUUUCAAACGGCCACCCAUUUCCACAUUUUUCAACCGAUUCCACCUUCAACACAUUCCACUGGGCGGGAAUAGGAUGAUGGAUAAUUAAUCAUUGUGAGUGUUGACCAAUCAGCUCUGGUCUGACUGAUUGCAAUUGACAACAUUAAAUAAAUUAAUAAAAUUGGUGACUCUCGCCCCA